AAAAAGCUGUGAAACCAGCUGGAUGCGAGCUACAGUGGACGGGGCCACCCUGCUUCACGUCGACUUCCAUUCAUCGGCACAGGCCAAGACAUACCGGGCCAUUAUAAGCGCCGACUUUCCAGACUUCUGACCCGUCUCAUUUGGAGAAUCUGAACGCUUACCAAAAUUUUCAUCCUGGAGUAAGGCAAAAAGGUGCAUCGGAGGCUGGACAGCCAAAAACUUCAAUCGAGGUGCUUGGUAUUUUCCAUUUCCGUUCCAGCGAAAAGGAUGAACAAACAGUUACAGACCUCCAAGUUCUGAAGAAGACUGGCAAAAGAAGAUACCUCAGUGCAAAACAAAAAAUGCAUCAAUCCAAAGGUCUUUAUUCAAAUUGCGAGUUCAGGAGCCAUACCUUGCAACGAAUAUGUCGAUAUGCAUGCUUCUGCUCUUCUUGAUUUCCUUGGGCUCAUGUAGUUGCAAAGAGCAUGACAUUGGUCACGCUAGAUCAAAGGCAAGUUAUAUAGUUUACCUGGGCGGGACACGAGGAAUAGCUGCUGAGACACUGACCACCACUCAUCAGAACAUCCUUGCCAGAGCGAUUGGAAGUGAGGAGGAUGCUGCAGGAGCGAUGAUUUACAGCUACAAGCAUGCGCUCAGCGGUUUCGCUGCUUACCUGACAAAAGAACAAGCCAACGUGUUAUCUGAAAUGCCUGAGGUGCUCAGUAUCUUCCCAAGCAGAACGCUCGAACUUCAAACAACUCGUUCCUGGGAUUUUUUGGGCCUCCCUCGGACACCGCAAGCAGCCCUUCCAGGAAUCGCUAUUCCAACUGGUUCCAGCGAUGUGAUCAUUGGCAUCUUGGACACAGGUAUCUGGCCUGAGUCAAAAAGCUUCGAUGAUACCGGGAUGGCACCCGUCCCUGCACGUUGGAAUGGAGCUUGCGAGAAUGCGCCUGGAACAAACGCUUCCGUUGUUGUCCACUGCAACAAAAAAAUAGUCGGCGCCAAAUAUUACAGAGCUGGACUCUCUCCAAAUGCUUCUAUUGCGUAUAGCAACCCCAGGGACUUCGCUGGCCAUGGAACUGGUGUAUCAGCCAUUGCAGCAGGCAUGCCCGUGAAAAAUGUGAGCAUGGAGGACGGACUUGCUCAAGGUGAUGCCAGAGGUGGCUUCCCAGCUGCCAGAAUUGCUAUGUACAAGGUCUGCUGGGGGUUCCAAUGCUACGACAUCGAUAUAGUAGCAGCACUAGACGAUGCAAUCAACGAUGGCGUUGACAUCAUCUCGUUGUCAAUUGGAGAUGAUCCUGUGGUUUACAGCGUCGACAGCAUAGCUAUAGGUGCCUACCACGCCAUUGAAAGAGGCAUUGUGGUCUCGUGUGCAUGUGGGAAUUCAGGACGUGUGCCAGGUUCCGUCACAAAUGUGGCACCUUGGAUUUUCACGGUUGGUGCCAGCUCCAUCGACAGAAAAGUCACUCCAAACGGAUCGUUUCCUUUCAGCCCUGCACCAAUUGCUGCAAGUUUCUCAUCCCGAGGACCCAACAUCAUAAGUCCAGAUAUCAUCAAGCCUGAUGUUAUCGCCCCAGGCCUUGAUAUAUUAUCAGCAUGGAGUCCUGUUGCCGGAGUACGGAGCCGCAGGCAUCCAGGUACUGGUUUAAACUGGACAUUUAUCAGGACAGAUUACGCGAUCGCGUCAGGGACGUCUUUCGCCUGCCCUCAUGUAACUGGUACAAUCGCGUAUGUGAAAUCCAUCCAUCCCACUUGGAGUCCAGCGGCUAUCAAAUCUGCAAUCAUGACAACAGCCACAACUGUGGAUAACCAAAACCAUCCAAUCACUGAAGAAGAUGGGAGCCCGGCAAAUGUAUUCAGCAUCGGCUCAGGCCAGAUUCAGCCAGCCAAAGCGUUAGAUCCAGGGCUCGUUUACGACACUACACCCAAUGACUACAUACUCUACCUCUGUAGUGGAGGCUACACCCAAGAGCAAAUACGAAACAUCACAGGAGAUAAGUCCACCACAUGCCCCAGAGACAAUGCGCUGUCCAGCCUCAACUAUCCCUCUAUCUGCUUCAACGCCUUGAAUGGUAGCCAGACACUUCAGAGGACAGUAACGAAUGUCGGAGUAGCCAAUGCCGUCUACCAAGCCAGAAUAGAGGCAGCAACUGAUAAACGACUAUCUAUUGCUGUGUCUCCGGCGAAACUCACUUUCACGGGUUCGGGACAAAAACUGUCGUUCAAUGUUACCGUUUUGUUCUCCGCUGGUACGGCAGCACAAGAGUCUUCAGCUGCUGCUCUUUUGUGGGUGUUUUCUGCAUUGGCGUGGGAAGACGGGACACAUGUAGUCAAGAGUCCCAUAGCCGUAUCAGUAAAUGCAUAGCCUGACUUAAUUUAUUAAAAAGAAUUAAUAAA